CGGCCUGUGUGGUGCAAAACAUUUACCCUCGUUCUCUUAUCGGCAAUUAACCUGCUUGAUACUUGGCACUCAAAUGUAAACUAUUAGUGUAGGCACAGACCCUAUGUGGCUCAAGGCCUACACAAGUGUAGUAGAGCUAGCUAGCUAUCAGGCAAACCGGGCGUUUGGUCGGAAUGCUAGCUAGUUAGCAUUAGCUCGUCAACAGCAGAGGGAAAAGCCGGGUGGAAAGUCACAGACCAAUUGCGAGCUAACUCGCGGCCAUAUUACGAGGCUAUGGUCGAAAAAAAGCAACAGUCCACGUCGAAAUUGUCAAACAAACGCCAUGCUUCCAGUGUAGUCUGUUACUUGUUGGAUUUGCAGCUGUUGUGCUGACAACUCCAUUAAAAGAACAAAGAGAAAGUGUUUUAAGCUUCCUCAGUGAUGCACUUGGGAUGGCUCCUACGGAAAAGACCACUCCUGGAAAUUUCACAGCACAGAACCCUUCAACUAAACCUGGGCUAGAGGAAAAUUCAGAAGAUAUCUCAAAAUCUACAGAGAGUGGUUACAGCAAUGGGUUCACAGACCCAGCGCUAUCUGAGAAAAACCUUGGUGGUGAGAGCAGAGAUGCGUUCAAAGACCUUGACAGCCACGAGAACGUGAUGCCUAAUGCUGUGGGGAACAAUAAGGCACCAUCAGGCCGAAAGGCCACAGUGGACACAGAGCGUAAUUUGAGCAGCGGACUGGUUCUGGUGGGGACACACCAAGCAAGCAGUGAGCUCACUGAUCUCAGCAGUGGGGAGGGAGUGAUGCUGGAUGGUCAGGAAGCAGGAAAAUCAGCAAGAAAACAAGCUAUCAGAGUAAGUGGAGUCCAAGUGGCUGAAAAUGCUGGUCGAGGCAUCAGUGUUCGUAGAAACGCAAGACCUGGAGGAGAUCAGCUUCUGCAUCAGGUUGAUGGGCUGAAUGGUAUGCUGGCCCCAGGUUGGAGCAGAGAACAGCUGGAUCGGGACAGUUUCGAGGUUGCCAAUGGUAGACCUGCAGCUGGCAACAGCAGAGACGUGGACUAUGACGAAACUAGAGAAUUCACCAGCAUUGAGAUGUAUCCAGCAGUGCCCCCCAGAGCCCUGUAGCACCAGAACCUUCCAGAAGAUCAUAUGCUUCCUCUCCUUAUGAUGUUUACCUGCAUCUCUCUAUCCACUCAACCUGACUAAGGAAACAGCUCCCUGAUAUGUUUAUGUAUUCGCAAUUUUAAGACAAAUGAGAU